AUAUCAAAGAUAUCAAAAAAUUUCUCUCGGUUUAUUAGCCUUUUUAACCAAAUUUAACCAAAUACAAUUCACAAUUUUUAACUCUAGCUAUUUAUUAUAAUAAAUGCUCCUCUCCACUCUAAAAUUAUAGAUUGGAUUACUCAGCUUUUUGUUAUGAGAGACGAGAGACUUUAAAUUUCAUCCGUGAUUGCGCGUUGAAAAUUUUCAAUCAGCUGGAUCAGCUGUUGCGGGUCAACCUAACCUAUUUUUUAUCCUUACACGUGGUUGUCAUCAAUCAAUCAAUAUUACUGGAUUGCUGGAUACCGGAACUUAUGGUUCCGGAAACAACAAUAAUGGCUAAGGAAAUUAAAAGUUUUGCUGAUCUGGAGUUGAAUUCGUGGCUCGUUGAACAAUGCACAAAUAUCGGCCUUAAAAAGCCCACCCCCAUCCAACAGCAUUGUAUUCCCCGAAUAUUGAAAGGAGAAGAUUGCAUAGGAUGUGCAAAGACAGGAAGUGGCAAAACUAUGGCUUUUGCAUUGCCCAUAUUACAAAAACUUUGUGAAGAACCCUAUGGAAUUUUUGCUUUGGUCUUGACACCUACGAGAGAGCUGGCUUUUCAGAUUGGUGAACAAUUUGCAGCCAUAGGGAAGCCGAUCAAUUUGAAAAAGUGUGUUAUAGUAGGUGGAAUGGAUAUGGUAGUACAAGCGCAAGAACUGGCCAAGAGGCCUCACAUAGUAAUUGCAACACCAGGUAGAUUGGCAGAUCAUUUGGAAAGUUGCGACACUUUUUCUCUGAAGAGAAUAAAGUUUUUAGUGUUAGACGAAGCAGACCAGUUACUCGGAGGACGUUUUGACGAACAGAUAAAAACCAUAUUUCAAGCAUUACCAAAAGAGAAACAGUCACUUCUGUUCAGUGCCACGAUUACGGAUACUCUGGAUCUAGUGAAACAAGUUGCAACAAAUAAAGUUUUCGAGUUUGAUGCAAAAGACGAGACAGGAACUGCAACGGUGAAAGAGCUCGACCAGCGUUAUGUUCUUUGUCCAAAUGAUGUUCGUGACGCUUUUCUCGUCGAAGUAAUACGAACUUUUCGUGCCUCAAAUGAAAACGGCUCGAUUAUGAUAUUCACCGACACGUGCAAAUUUUGUCAACUUCUGUCAAUGACCCUUAACGAAGUUGGCUUUCAAAAUGUAGCUCUUCACGCGAUGAUCAAACAACGCGAUCGUAUCACCGCUCUCAACAAAUUUAAAUCCAAUCAUUCCAAGAUCCUUAUUGCAACUGAUGUCGCUGCGCGUGGCUUGGAUAUCCCCCUCGUUGAGUUAGUUAUCAAUCACACAGUGCCCAAUGUACCCAAAGAAUAUAUUCAUCGGGUUGGCAGAACCGCUCGUGCUGGCCGAGGUGGCAUGGCCAUCAGUUUAAUAACUCCUCGUGAUAUCAAAUUACUACACGCAAUCGAGGAAGCCGUUGGUACAAAAUUAUCGGAAUACAAAAUCGAUGACAAAGAAAUCGUCAACAUUUUCACCCAAAUAUCUGUAACGAAACGGGAGGCAGAGAUCAAGCUUGAUGAAACCGAUUUCUACGAAAAAAAAAUGAUCAAUAAGCGGAAGAAGUUGAUUUUGGAAGGAAAGGAUGAUGAUGAAAUCGAAGAAAUUCUGGGGACGAAGAAGAAACGAAAAAAACCAAUGAAAAAAGAAAUCAUUGAGAGUAACGAGGAAAGUAUAAUCGAGAGCGAAGAAACUGUCAGCCAAAAGAAGCAAGUCGUGGACAAGAUGAGCAAGAAAAUGGUCAAAAAAAAGGAAAUUUUAAAGAAAAACAACAAAAAAAUCGCCAAUAGUAAGAUUAAAGAUCAUCGAUUUGUCAGGCCAGCAAAAAGCUGACAGGGAAAAUAAAAGAAAGACGUUCUCAUUAAUGAUUGCUGAUGAUACUUCAUUUUUAAUAAUGCUUAAAUUACAACUGAUUGAGAAUAACACUCAAUCAAAAUUGACGUACAAAAUUUAAUUAUCACACCCUCUCUAUUUUGCAAAUUCUUAAUAAAAACUAACCGAUGUUUUAUUCAGAAUAUGAAAAGAGUGAAUAAUAUGUAUCGGAGGUGUGUAAAAUUUGCUCUAAGGCACAUUAUUUCUUGAUACACAAUUACAAAAUAAUAUCAACAUUGUUGUUCGCUUCAUGA